AUGGAUUAUGAAAGAAUAUCACGGAAAACGUUGCCAAAGAUACGCUCGGAUGGACUAAUUGAAUAUGCUAUUCCACUUGAUGUUGGCAUUUCGAUGAACAGAGAGGGUUGGCGACGAUCGUUAAAAACCGAAAAUUUAGAUUAUGAAUGGAUUAUGAGCGGUAAUAGCGGAUCAAGCAGUAUUUUUUCCAGAACAAAAUGGUCAUCAGGAAGUGCAAUGGGAAAGCUUCCAUCUUCCACAAUUCCAAUUUCGGUAAAAACAUUAGCGGAAAGUACUCAGUCAAUUGGUGAUGAUGAAAUUCCAUGGAAGGAAAAUUUUAGUGAGAUAUUAGGAGAAUUUGAAGAUGAAAAUAUACCUGAAAGAGAUGCGAAAGCAUUCAUGAACGAAAGGCCAUGUUCAGAUGAUUCGCAGCAUUUCAAACUUAAUG